UAUAGCAAAAAUAGAUAACUGUUUUCAACAAAUGUUAAUUAAGGAAUGAAUAACUAAUUCUAAAAUGAAGUCUAUAUAUGUAUCUCUAUCAACAAGUAAUCAUGGCAAUAACAUUUCCAUAGUAAUAAAUAAAAUAUCAAUUUACAAUUUGUAAUGUCGAUUUACAGGAAUCGUACUUUUCGACAGAACGAUUGUGUAGAUGGCGUUACUGUAAAUUUUGAAGAUGUGUCGGUCGCUACAUGUCUGUAGAUAUGAUAACUGGUAAAUGAUAAAAUCACCGUAUUACAAAAGGAAAUUUUUGAGUGCAUAUGUUACAGGAUGUACGCAACGAGUAUAAUUUGUUAAACAACGUAGAACACGGUGGAUCAUCUCAACUAUUCUCUUCUCGCACUCUCUAACUGAUUCCUCGGCGACUCUCUUAUCUCUUUGGCGAUUGUUAUAUAUCUUCUUGGCGACUGUUAUAUAUCUCCUUGACGAUUGUUAAAAAACUGGCUUUUUUCCCGCUGUCUCUUGUCUUUGUGUUUCAUAAAGUUGGCGCUGUUAAUUUACCGGAAACAUAUGUUUUGACGAGACAGUUGAGCGGAUGUACAUGUCGCUACAUUAGAUUGAGUGGAAAUAGCUGUCGCUAGUGUAAUGUGUAGCGAGUUCAUGAACAAACACAUAGAUGUCACGUAUAAAAGGCGCGUCAUUCCAAUAAAUGUUUGAUCAAUUAAUACACGGCUCAAACUUUUACAUAUAUUAUUUGAUAAAAUUUUACAAUCAUGGUGAGAUUAACUACCGAAUACAUUGAAAGGAAAUGUUCACAAAUACAGUUAAAUAAAUCUCUUAGUAAGAAAUUAAGAAAAGACGAAUUAUAUAACUUAACUCAUUUACGUAUGAACAAUAUGUUUAUCAGCAGCAUCGGUAAUUUUGUCAAUUAUAAAAAUCUUAAAGUAAUAUACUUGCAAAAUAACAAUAUUGCGAUAAUAGAAAAUUUGUACUUUGCAUCAAAUUUGACGCAUUUAUACUUGCAGCAUAACGAAAUAAGUAAAAUAGAAAAUUUAAAUUUUCUUGAAAAAUUACAAACACUUUAUUUAGGGUAUAACAAAAUAUUAGUGGUGGAAGGUCUUGAAUGUUUAAGAAAUUUAACCAUUUUACAAAUAGAAAAUCAAAAAUUACCUAUUGGAGAAUCACUAUGCUUUGAUCCGCGGAGUAUAUUUACUUUAUCUACUUGUUUGAAAAUACUCAAUAUUUCUGGUAAUAAAAUGACGUCUCUAAAAAGCAUUGAAAAAUUGCAUAAAUUAGAAGUUUUAGAUGUUGCAAAUAAUUUUAUUGACGAUAUUAACGAUUUAACAGAAAGUAUAAGUGCUUUAACUUCUUUAACAGAGUUGUCGUUACAAGGCAAUCCUGUAACUCAGUAUCAUAGGUAUAGAGAAAAUCUUAUUGCAAAUAAUGAUACAUUAAAAACUCUUGAUGGAAAAACAGUAACAGAUAUAUGCAGAUGUUUCAUGAAAAGAUUUAAGAUGAAGAAACAUUUCCAUCAUACCAAAAAAUCAUUGAGUACUACAUUAGAUGAAGAUAUUACAAGUUCAUUAAAUCUACCGCCUUCAUUAAAAGAAUCAAUAUCCAGAGCAAUAUUUCAAAAUCCUGAUCCAAAAUUAUCUACUACAUCUGCGAUUAAUGAAACGCAAUCGUACAUAUUUCCAUCAUGGAAAAUAGGUAUAAAUACUGUAAAGAAUGGUCAUAUAACUCCGAAACCAUUCUGGAGUAAUGUAGUAAAAACCAAUAACUUUCGAAAUGUACGGUCUAUGUUAAACAAUGAAACUGUUAAAUUGCCAUUUAUUUGAAGCACCUAAUAUAUCACUAGCAUAAUACGUAUAAGAAAACAAAUUUUUUGGAUGAGAGAAUGCCUGUUGAUCAUCUUCAAGGUCAAUUGGAGUACCUGAAUCAUCACUGCUUGAACUGGAUGUACUGAGCCUUCGUGAGAACAGCUACACCAUGCAAUGUGUUAACCAAGCCGGCAAAAUUAAUUACAAAAA